CUGGUGCGUUGUGUUCAGUCUAAUGUACAGAAUAUACGAGAAGACGCUCGGCUCCUAUGCAGGUAAUUGGUAGAUCAAUUAUUUAGGAUUUUUACUCCGGGGGAUAGGGCACUCGGCGAACCGCAUGGAGAUUUGAGGUUUUCAUCUGAAGAGGUCUAGACAUGUCUGGAAGUGAUUUUAAAGUUUUUAGAGGCUUCAUUCUGUCAGCUUUUCUGGCUAUACUAUAUGCCUGUGUAAGUGCAAGCAAUAAACUCAACAUUGAAGUCAUUCCUUCUAAACCCAAGACUGGAGACACCCUCACGCUCAACGUUCUUGGAGUUGAAGGAAAAAUCCUUUUCGCAUCUUGGUAUAAAGGACAAAGCACCAGUGCUCAAGAACAGAUAUUGACUUAUAUCAAUGGUAAAGACAUUCCAGGAUCGAAGUACUUUGAAGGAGCGAACUGCAGUACGAACGGCUCAUUGGUGAUAAAGAAUUUUAAGGAGCUAUUUAAAGGUGAAUAUACAGUUCAGAUACAGACAGACAAGGCUCUGCAAGAUGGACAAGUGGCAGUCGAUGGUGUCGCCUCUGCAGUGUUCUCUCCAUUUACCGUUCUGUUAGGGUUACUAUUAUCUGCCAGUUUUCUAUGAUACCAAAUGACAUAAAGAUGUUGAAGAGAUUUUCUACUUAAGUUCACGAGAUCAUAUGCCCAUGAAUGGAUCAAAAAAAAGGCAAAAUGACAGAUGUGCGGAUGCUCUGUGAUUUAGUAUAUUAAGCCGCCACCGGAAUAACAUAGAGUGAAGUCAUCUCAACAGGAGGCAUAUAAAGAAGACACUAAAUUCAACUUUAGCCACAUAUCUCAAGAUAUCCAAGGAGAUAUCGUGACCCGCGCCGGGUAUAGACCCCCCCCCCCAACCAUUCCAUUCAUCCCGCCAUUAUAAGCCUUCCUUCAUCUCAUACUUGACACCUUUAGGCUGAUGCACUUUUAUUGAUGGUUCUGCAGCUCUGACACUGACUAACUUAUUCAAUACCGGCAACUAUUAAAGGUACUCAAUCUUAUCCUCCUUAAAGGGGUACUCCGGCCCUAAUACAUCUUAUCCCCUAUCCCCUCAACGCCCCCUCCCAUAGACUUGCAUUGAGGGGGCGGGGUGUGUCGUCACACGGGGGGGCAGAGUUGUGACGUGCGCUAUAGUGGUGGGACCCCCGCGAUCAAACAUCUUAUCCCCUAUCCUUUGGAUAGGGGAUAAGAUAUAUUAGGGCCGGAGUACCCCUUGUACGUUGUAUCCUGAGGAACGCUGUUCUCCAUCGACGGUACUGCAAGAAUUUUUCGGCUUUUUUUCGUCCACCCGCGUAGCACAACGGUCUCUGUAGCUCUCCUGCUGUUGCAAUACUACAACCCCUAGCAUGUUUUCACAGCCAUAGGUGACCGUCGUAGCAAAUGUAGUAAAACUGUUACCGCCAUUGUCCUCUCCUUGAGGCCGAACUAGUCCACUCUAGUAGCAACAUCGCACUAGUAGUAGUAGUCAUCAAAUCUUGUUCUAUCUCAGAAGAGACAACCCCUUUUCGUAUGGUAGAUCCCAAGAUCAGGUGAAUUUGCCAGAAAAGCCAUGGCCGGUCAAGCAUUUCCACACUACAGUCAAUGGUGACUACUAACCAUGAACAUUUAUUGAACUUUCUUGAUGCUGAGGGCGGCCAUGGUGGAAUGGCGCCAUGUUCUAGGGCACCAAGGAUGUGACACGAUGAGGUUGAACCACACCAUGCAACACUGUAAAUAUAUGUGUUGUGACCCUCCUACUCCCAUUCCAUGUAUUGCUGUUAUUUCUUUUAUUAUAGUACUGUUUGCUUUAUCACAGGCCUCAUAUCUCGUAUUUAUAAAAAUUUUGCUAAGUAUCAUU